CUCUUUUUUCACAACCUUUUUUCUUCAAACAAUCUUGUUUAAUUGGGCUUUUUUUUAUCAGCUGUUCAACUUUGACUUUCUGGUGAGACUUUUUUAUUUCUUCUGUUUUUGGUCUAACUUUCAAAUACCAACAAAGAGCUUGACUUUCAAGAAUGGUUCCUCUUCUUCUUUUCAUCAAAAUGAGACUUUAGAAACUCAAAACUAUCUGUAUUUGGUUUUUUCAUGAAAGGUAAUUGACAAAUACUCGCAUAAAUUUUCUAAUCGAAGUCUUUUUUCUAGAAGAACCAAAUUCAUUCAAAGCAAGAGACCCAGAAGGCAGCCACAACUUUCAACUGAAACAAAGAAAAAGAAAUUCAAAGUACGACCCUCAAAGUGUCUCCCCUUGAAAGGGAAUGAACUGGUUUUGUUGAAGAAGGCAAAGGAGUUGCAGAUUGAGAUCUCAAAAACACAGGGACUGUGACUGGUGCACGUAUAUAUAAUAUAUCAGGCAAGAUGGGUUCUUUCCCAGGUCAUGCUCUGCCAGGGACGUUGUUUUUUGUAGUUGGGGUAUGGCACGUAUGCAGCUCGUUGGUGAGAUAUGUAUCCAACCCCAAGUCUUUCCGAGUUCGGGUAUGGAGUCCUGUGCCGGGUUUUGAUGGGAGGCUCAAGUAUUUGGAGCUUUAUAUUAUAGCUAUUGGUACUUUCAUUGAUUUGUGUAUCGAGCUUUUGUAUUCGACCCAUCUCAAGUUCUUUGUCAAUGGAGUCUUGAACCCUUCUCACAUGAAUGAUUUUGAGCACUCUGGAAUGCUUCUUAUGUUCUUUAUCUUUGGCGUUGUCAGUCUGCUCUCAGAGAAGACAAGAUUUCUUCCGUUGCCUGAAGGAGCUCUUUGUCUGAUUGCUGCCACAGCAUUCUGUGCAGAGUAUCUUCUGUUCUACUUUCACUCAACAACUCAUAAAGGCCUCGAGGGUUAUUACCACAUCCUCCUUGUCCUUCUAAUUGGGCUCUGCAUAUUAUCGACUGUUGCUGGAGCCCUCUUACCAACCAGCUUUCCAAUUGAUUUAUGUAGCGGUAUUGCCAUGACUCUACAAGGCCUCUGGUUUUAUCAGACUGCAUUCACUCUCUAUGGCCCCAUGAUGCCAGAUGGUUGUCUUCUUAAGGAUGAUAUGAUCUCAUGUCAUCCUGUGGACAAUGAGGUCCGGGGUGAGUUGCUUGCAAACUUCCAGUUCUUUGUCAUGGUUCUUGGUGUACUUAUUGCAGUAGUGGGAGGAUAUGGUUUUGUUGCUUCAAGAUUUGGGCAUUCUGAUCUAAAGAGCUUGCGUGCGGUAUAGGAUGUAUUGGUUGAAGAUCGAAAUAGGUGUACGCUAGCUUAUCCUUGUUGUAUAUAUUUUUGUUGCAAUGUUGGCAGUGGAAUAAGUUGAAAUAACCCAAAAACAAAAAGGGUUGAAAAGCAUUCCUGGGGUAGCAAGAUUUCUCUUUUGAUGAAACCUGUUUUUUUUCUUGGGGGGGUAAAUAAAAUGUCACUGUUCUAGCAUGAUGAUGUUUUCUUUUUGGAGAAAGUUUAAGAAAGAUUGGAACUCAAGGGAAAACCAUCAAGAAACGUUUGAAUUAAUUUUUAGGUAAAACUA